CUUCAUGACAGCUCAGGCGUUGGUCGGUCAUCACUUCCGGUACGCCAUUGUUCGUCGUAAUAAAUCAAUAACGAGCUUGUGGACGGAACAUCUUGAAGAUGCCCGCCUGACCGAACAGCCACCAAUAUCUGGGACUGAAGAGAACCAGAGAAGAUGUUGUCCCGGCUGUUCCGGCAGCACGGUCUGCUGGUGGCCGCCCACCCCUGGGAGGUAAUAAUAGGCACGCUGGCCUUGACUGUCUGCCUCGUAUCCAUGAACAGUCUGACCUCCAGCAGUCAGGUGUGCAGCUGGAAUGACUGUCCCAAAGUGGAGGAGGUGAAAACCCACAGCAGUGACGUCAUCAUCCUCACCAUCACUCGCUGCGUUGCCAUUGUUUACAUCUACUUCCAGUUCAAGAACCUUCGACAGCUGGGCUCCAAGUACAUCUUGGGCAUCGCGGGCUUGUUCGCUUUGUUUUCCAGUUUUGUGUUCAGCACCGUCGUCAUCCACUUCUUCGGGAGAGAGCUGACUGGCCUCAAUGAGGCGCUGCCGUUCUUCCUCCUGCUCAUCGACCUGUCGAAGGCCUGCACGCUGGCCAAGUUCGCCCUCAGCUCCAACUCUCAGGAGGAGGUGAGGGAGAACAUCUCAAAGGGAAUGGCCAUCCUGGGUCCCACCUUCACCCUGGACGCCCUGGUGGAGUGUCUGGUCAUCGGGAUCGGUACCAUGUCAGGUGUUCCUCAGCUGGAGAUCAUGUGCUGCUUCAGCUGCAUGUCAGUGUUGGCCAACUACUUCGUCUUCAUGACCUUCUUCCCAGCCUGUGUGUCACUAGUCCUGGAGCUCUCCAGGGAGAGCCGGGAAGGUCGACCCAUCUGGCAGCUGAGCCACUUUGCCCGAGUGCUGGAGGAGGAAGAGGACAACAAGCCCAACCCUGUGACCCAGAGAGUCAAGAUGAUCAUGUCUCUCGGCCUGGCGCUGGUCCACGCUCACGCCCGACUUGCCGCUGAGUAUCCGGGUCAGAACCGGACAGUGGAUGGACCCAUGGAGCCGAGGCUGGAGUCAGGUGGAGCCAAGUGGCCUCUGCAGCUCAACAGCAUGGACCUGGAGCAGCUCAUCACUCUGGCCCUGGCUCUGCUGCUCGCCGUCAAGUACGUCUUCUUCGAGCAGGCGGAGACGGAGACGUCUCUGUCCAUCAAGAGUCCCAUCAUAAGCUCGUCUCCGGCGCUGAAGCUGCGAGGGUCCGACAGCUGCUGCGGCUGGGGUGAGGCCUCAGCCCUGAAGUCUCCAAGCCCCGCUGCCUCCAGCAGCAGACCCUCAGCUGCACACACGGAGCUCCCAGAAGACAUAACUCCUCCUCCGUCCACACGAGUCGGGGAGGACGCCGCCAGCGUUGAGUGUCCAGCAGCGAGUCAGAGCUCAGAGCCGAGGAGUUUGCAGGAGUGUGUCAAGAUCCUCGCCGACCCGCAGCGAGGAGCCGCCAGCCUCAGCGACGUCGAGGUGAUGAAUCUGGUGGAGUCCCGGAACAUCCUCAACUACAAGCUGGAGUCGGUUCUGGAGAGUCCAGAGCGAGGCGUCGCCAUCCGGAGGAGUCUGCUGUCCCCGAAGCUACCGGUGGCCUCGGCUCUGGAUUCUCUGCCGUACAGAAACUACGACUACGCCAAGGUGAUGGGGACGUGCUGCGAGAACGUCAUCGGGUUCAUGCCGGUGCCGGUCGGAGUGGCUGGACCACUGCUCCUGGAGGACCAGCAGUUUUAUGUUCCCAUGGCGACGACGGAGGGCUGCCUGGUGGCCAGCACCAACCGUGGCUGCAGGGCACUUUCCAUGAGUGGGGGGUGUCGCAGCAGGAUCCUUGCCGACAGCAUGACCCGGGGCCCGUUGGUCCGGCUGCCCUCAGCGUGCCGCGCUGCAGAGGUCAAAGUGUGGCUGGAGAGCUGUGAGGGCUUCCAGACGAUCAAGGAGUCCUUCGACAGCACCAGCAGGUUUGCCCGCCUGGAGAAGCUGCUGGUCACUCUGGCCGGACGGAACCUUUACAUCCGCUUCCACUGUCAGACCGGAGACGCCAUGGGCAUGAACAUGAUCUCCAAGGGCAGCGAGCAGGCUCUGCAGCGACUGCAGGUCCAGUUCCCGGACCUCCAGGUUCUCUCCCUCAGCGGGAACUUCUGCACCGACAAGAAGGCGGCUGCCGUCAACUGGAUCCUGGGCCGCGGGAAGUCUGUGGUCAGCGAGGCCACGGUGCCCGGGAGGGUGGUCCGAGAGGUGCUCAAGAGCACGACGGCAGCAAUGGUGGAGCUCAACAUCAACAAGAACCUGGUCGGUUCUGCCGUGGCGGGCAGCGUCGGGGGCUUCAAUGCUCAUGCCGCUAACGUGGUCGCUGCCAUCUUCAUCGCCUGCGGACAAGACCCGGCCCAGACAGUGGGGAGUUCUAACUGCAUCACUCAGAUGGAGGCCACCGGUCCGGACGGGGACGACCUCCACAUCAGCUGCACCAUGCCGUCGAUCGAGCUGGGAACCGUGGGGGGAGGGACCAACCUGCCACCGCAGCAGUCCUGCCUGCAGAUGCUGGGGGUCCAAGGGUCCACCACACAGGGCCCUGGAGAAAACGCCCGGCAGCUGGCCCAAAUUGUCUGUGCGACGGUCCUGGCCGGCGAGCUCUCGCUGAUGGCUGCGCUCGCCGCCGGACACCUCGUGAAGAGUCACCUGACCCACAACAGGUCCAAAACUAGCUUGACAUUGACGUCGGAGCAUACCACGUGACAGGACGACCCGGAAGAGAGUGCGGCGUCCUUGCAAGUGGCGCCAGACAUUAUUUAUUUGUGCCAACUUAUCGUCCGACCUCGGCCGGGAACCCGCACCUGCACUGUGGCCUGAACACUCGGACUCACAUCUUUCUCUGUUGCCUAACUUGCACUCGCGAAUGUUAGCUGUUGUGGCUAGCGUCGUCAGUGUUGCACCUUCCAAUCGACUUCACGUUGCCAUGGAAACGUCAGACUGGAGGUGGUGGUGUUGAUGAAUAAAACCAAAGGUACAUUUUGGGAGGGUAAAUUACCGUCUGUUAGCGCACAAGCUAACAGUCGCUCAGCAACGCUUGUUUUUGCACAACUGUUGAACUCACUGAAGUCUUUUUGUCUGCAAUGUUUUUGUUGUUUUUAACGUUCUGUUUUAGUCCGUCUGACUGCCGAGGGGUUUCCAUGGUAACAAGUGGAGUCGCCGUUGUCAGGACGCUUCGGCCACUUGUGAGCUGGACUGGUGCGCUAGAAUAACCAAUUCUACAUUCUUGUGUUUAAUACAAGACGACGACAUGCAUCUUCUGUCUUUUGUUGCUCAUCAAUCCACCGUCACACGUUUGCUAUCAACAAACUUUAUUUACAAUUUCUGA